CUUCAAUCGUUUUGAAAAUUUCCCCAAAAUUUAAACUUUCUCGAGUAAACGAAUCACGGAACCUGAUAAAUUAAAACUGAAGUUCUACUUACCCUAUUUUUUUUUUUUUUAAUGUGAAACCUUCUCGGGGGUCCCAGAUUGUCUUUUUUGAAAAUGUAAAACCUUCUCGGGGGGCCCAAAUGUGUUUUUUUUAGAAUGUGAAACUUUCUCGGGGCUCCCAGUUGUCUUUUUUAAACAUGUAAAACCUUCUCGGGGGGGCCAUUUCCUUAAAGCCCAUUGUUAAAAAAAGGAAGUUAUAUGGCCAGAAAACAUCUUUUUUUCUGCAUUUGCAGCCUUGGUUAUUUCAUUUGGUAGCGUUUACCGAACAGAUGGAGUUGUAAAAGUGACCUGUGAACAAAUGCUCAAGCACGUCCACUUCAAGUACCUAUCUACUUCGAUAAAGAUAAUUUAUACUCAAGUAUAACAAAAUUUUAGCAAAUAAACACUCAGUCAACAAUGGAGAAGAUUCAGCUGAUCAUCGUAGCGAUUGCGAUUUACGCAGCCCUCGCGUCACCCCCCCAUCGUCGCAUCGUCGGCGGUACCACCGCCUCCCCCGGCCAAUUCCCCUUCAUCGCCUCCCUAAACGACCCAGAGGAGCUCUGCGGCGCCUCCAUCAUCACCCAAAACUGGCUCCUGACAGCAGCCCACUGCAUCGAGUUCGCCCGUCCCACCUCCGUCAUCGUCGUGGGUACCACUUUUCAACACUCCGGCGGUACCCGGUACAACAUAACCCAAAUGAUCAAGCACGAGAACUUCUCGUGGACACCCAUAAAAGAUGACAUAGCUUUGAUCCAAAUCGACGGAGAAUUUGAGUUUGACGAUUUAGUCCAGCCCGUGGAAUUUAGCGACCCUGAGGCAGGGACGACCUGUGUUACCGCCGGUUGGGGUACUAUAGACGACGGGAGCUACCCUGAGGAGCUGCGGUAUGUGGAGAUGGAGGUUUUGAGUUUGGAUGAGUGCAAGGAGAUUGAUCCAAGUGUGGAUGAUAGGGAGGUGUGCGCUGAAGGGGUUGAGGGGAAGGGGGCGUGUGGGGGCGACUCGGGAGGGCCGUUGGUUUGUGGGGGGAAGUUGGUGGGGGUUGUUUCGUACGGGCUGGCGGAGUGCGGGGAAGGGGCGGAUGUUUAUACCAGGCCUUCGGCAUAUGUGGAUUGGAUUAAGGAACAUAUUGAGUAGAGUGAUGACGUUUUUGAUUAAGUACUUGUAGGUAUUGUUUGAUUAUGGUUAAGUAUUAAAGGUUUUUGGUAAA